GGGGAGGAGCCGGCGUGUAUUGUCUGACUGUCAGUGAAUAGAGCGUGCUGUCCGAGGCAGCCAGCCGGGUUGAUGAGGCAUCAAGCGCGCUAGGUUAGGGAAGAGUAUCUCCCCCGGUCUAGGGCGGGCUGGUGUGCCGCUCAGGGAGACUGCAGUUCACCUUGAAGCAUUGGACACUUUUUCACCAUGUUGACGGCAUUUUAAAUAUAUUUGUCAACUUCCCCAAAUUUUAACUGAAGAAAACUUUCAGAGUUUCUACUUGAGGACUGAAGUGUGACUGCCAAUUAUCAGGCCUUCAGGAUGAAUCUGGAAAAACUCAGCAAGCCUGAACUCCUAACACUGUUCAGUAUUCUUGAAGGAGAGCUUGAAGCCAGGGACCUUGUUAUAGAAGCUUUAAAGGCACAACACAGAGAUACUUUCAUUGAAGAACGCUAUGGAAAAUAUAACAUCAGUGAUCCUUUAAUGGCUCUACAGAGAGACUUUGAAACACUGAAGGAGAAAAACGAUGGCGAAAAGCAGCCGGUCUGCACAAACCCACUGUCGAUCCUCAAGGUGGUGAUGAAGCAGUGUAAGAACAUGCAGGAACGGAUGUUGUCCCAGCUGGCUGCUGCUGAGAGCAGGCACCGCAAGGUGAUCUUAGACCUUGAGGAGGAAAGGCAAAGGCACGCCCAGGACACAGCAGAGGGAGAUGACGUCACCUACAUGCUGGAGAAGGAGAGAGAGAGGCUGACCCAACAGUUGGAAUUUGAAAAGUCCCAAGUGAAGAAGUUUGAGAAAGAGCAGAAGAAGCUGUCGGGCCAGCUGGAGGAGGAGCGCGCCCGUCACAAGCAGCUCUCGUCCAUGCUGGUGCUCGAGUGCAAGAAAGCCAGCAGCAAGGCGGCCCAGGAGGGCCAGCGGGCCGGGGAGCUGAGCCUGCAGCUGGAGAAGGAGAAGGGCCGGGUGGGCGCGCUGGAGGAGGAGCUGGCGGCCGAGCGGAGGCGGGGCCUGCAGACAGAGGCCCGGGUUGAGAAGCAGCUGUCCGAGUUCGACAUCGAAAGAGAACAACUGAGAGCAAAGCUGAACCGAGAAGAGAACCGGACCAAAACUCUGAAAGAAGAGAUGGAAAGUUUGAAGAAGAUCGUAAAGGAUCUAGAAGCUUCUCACCAGCAUAGUAGCUCUAAUGAGCAAUCAAAGAAGCCAGUGACCACGUCUAAAGGCACAGUGACCGAGCCUCCCAGGCUGGUGUCUGUAUUCUGCCAGACGGAGGGUUUUCAGACAGAAAGAGCCCAUGGGAGCAGCGCAGCCAAGACAACAACCACUGGGCUGCCCGGUCCCACCACUCCCAGUUACUGUUAUGCAAAAGCCAAUGGCCAUUUUGAGCCAGAGAUGCAAAUGACCAAGGAGUCCAUUACAGGCAGCAGUGUGGAAAACCAGACGCCUCCACGGGAGAAGUCUGUGGGCUCGGCCCAUGAGAAAGCCGUGGAGAAUGGUGGGUGUGCCGGGGGAAUCGAGAGCCCGGUCCCGGUGCCGAGUCAGCUGCCGUCCAGCAGUAGCUCACUGUCUCCCAGCAGCACUGCGUCCUCCUCCCUCACGUCCUCGCCUUGCUCAUCACCAGUGCUAACUAAGCGCCUGUUGGGGUCCUCAGCCAGCAGCCCCGGCUACCAGUCAUCCUACCAAGUAGGGAUCAACCAGCGGUUCCAUGCAGCUCGGCACAAAUUCCAGUCCCAGGCAGAUCAGGACCAGCAAGCCAGUGGUCUGCAGAGCCCUCCGUCCAGGGACCUGUCCCCCACCCUCAUAGACAACUCCGCCGCCAAGCAGCUGGCCCGAAACACGGUCACUCAGGUGCUCUCCAGAUUCACCAGCCAACAGGGGCCAAUCAAGCCCGUCUCGCCCAACAGCUCUCCCUUCGGCACAGACUACCGAAACCUGGCCAGUGCUGCCAACCCAAGGGGUGACACCAGCCACUCACCUACUCCAGGCAAAGUGUCCAGCCCUCUGAGUCCCCUGUCUCCAGGGAUCAAGUCCCCCACCAUCCCCAGAGCUGAGAGAGGAAACCCUCCACCCAUCCCACCCAAAAAACCUGGCCUCACGCCUUCUCCCUCUGCUACCGCGCCCCUGACCAAAACUCAUUCCCAGGUGUCCUCCGGGACCACCGCGGAGGACCUGGCGAGCAGCUGCUCUUCCAGUGCUGCCAUGGCCAACGGCAAGGACGUUGAGAUACUUCUGCCUCCCAGCAGCUAGUCCCUGAGGGGUCUGCACCGUUGACAUUCCAUCAGAUCUUGUCCAAGAGCUUGGCGUCAGACCGUUGAGUCAGAUCAUGUUAUUUAUUUUGAUAGUAGCUGAAACCAUCUGUAUAAUACAUUUAGUGUAUUUCACUCUUUUGUAUUUUUUUAAGUAGAAACUGAGUAGUUUGGGUUUUUAUGACGCACCUCUUUGUACUAUAAAGCUGGAAGGGCACCUCAAAGACAUCCCAAGCGCAGCAGUCACCGUGGUGGUGUGAUGGAGGGAGCUGAGUGAGUAGCAGGUGGUGACUUGCUGUCUAUUUUAGGACUAGAAUCACUCGACACUCAUUUUGAAUUAUGCAGAAGUGGUUCAUGCAGAUUUUUAUUCCAGAAGAACAUGUUUUAAAAGUGCCUGAAAUAAGACUGCCAUAUGAAUGUGAUUCUGCAGCAAAAACACGAAACGGCUCGUUUAAUUGCAGAAAAUUAGAUCCUCUGUGAAUCCUGAAUGUUAAAAACAAGCACUGCUUUUAAUCCUCUUUUACUGUUUUUGAUACUACAAGCUGCAUAAGUAGAGUGGGGAUCCUAAGGUGGGUGUGAACUCACCACCAACCAGAGCUUUUUUGAGCCCUGAGAAGCCCUCGUGAGCAUUAAGUAGUUGGGGUGCUGAUUUUCUUGUUCUCUGGAAAAAUUAAGUCACUCCCAGUGUCCAGCAUACAUUCUUGAAUAGAAUGAAAUCACAUCUCCAUUCAAAAAAAUGUCUUCAGGCAUCUACUGUUGGUAAGGAACUUCUGAUUCCGAUUGCUGUUACUUGAAUAGGAACUGGUCACUCGUUCUGUAUAAAAGUUUUGCCACAGAAUGAGAUCUUUAUUCUAUAAUCAAAAAGCAAUAAUUUAAAAUUCGCUCUUUGUAAUAUAAAUCAAAAUCAUAUAGGUUUUA